UCGGAGUUGGCGGAGUCGCUCGGUCUGGACCCGGAGGGUGUAGCAAGGCUAUGGGCAGUUCGACCAGCCAGCUCUCCAAGGAGCUGCUGUCGGAGUACCAGGAAUUAACGUUCCUGACGAAGCAGGAGAUUCUCCUGGCCCACAAGACAUUUAAUGAGCUGCUGCCUCCAGAGUCUCAGAAUGUGGUGGACUCUCUGACGGCCCAGGUAUCCAGGGUACCCACCGAGAAGGUCCUAACACUUCCAGAGCUCAAGGCCAACCCCUUCAAGGACCGUAUUUGCCGUGUGUUCUCCACAGCACCAGAAAGAGACAGCUUGAGCUUUGAGGACUUCUUGGACCUCCUCAGUGUCUUCAGUGAUGCAGCUACCCCUGACAUUAAGUCCCACUAUGCCUUCCGCAUCUUCGAUUUUGAUGAUGAUGGGACCUUGAACAAAGAGGAUCUGAAGCAGCUAGUGAACCGCCUUACUGGGGCAGAGGAGGACACUCAACUCAGUCCCUCUGAGAUGAAUCAGCUCAUUCAGAAUAUCUUAGAAGAGUCUGACAUCGAUAGGGAUGGCACCAUCAACCUCUCAGAGUUCCAACAUGUCAUCUCCCGUUCACCUGAUUUCACCAGCUCCUUUAAGAUUGUCCUGUGAUGGGUACUUGCAGUGUCUGGCUGCACCAACCUCUCUUUGAGAAAUUCUCUUCUAUGCAGUGACCUCACCUGCAGUGCCAACUCCUCGAAAAUGGUCGCUAUGCCUGGGCUAGCCCUGGCGCUUGUAUGAAGCAGUCCAGUCCCCUGGGCAGGGAAGGUACUUCCAAGCCAUGGCCUCUCCUCUCCUCACUGCCAUUAUGACAACACUGUUCAUGUUUAUACUAAUCAAUAAUAAAUAUUUGGAAGUUUUGCUCA